AUGAAAUCGUCAAGUACGGCUAUGAAAUUGUGGAAAAUUAAUUUUUGUGGUUGGGUCAACUGGGUUGACACAAAUCAAAUGGUUGCUGAGAUGUUCAGUCCAAAGAGAAACUAUUUUUUCAAGUUCUUUAAACACAGUGCUGCCAUUUCCAGUUCAGAUGUUGAUGGCAACCAAAUUGCUGGCGACGUCAGCCUCAUAUUGACAGAUGUGAGUUUUGUUGAGUACGUUGGCAUCGCUGAUGUUCAUUCUCAACAACCACAUCUGCUUAAAAAUGCUGAACAACGAGGUAUUCACGAGAAAGGUAAAUCAAUUUGGAUUGUGGCGUUCAUAAUAAAUAUGAUGGCAGUGGGUGAUGUUGAGGAGGGGGGAGAUGUUGAGGGAGUGAAGUUUUAA